GCGUCUUCGGUAGAAACCCUAAGUUCCAAUCUGGUCGAAAUAAAAUAGCCGGAGGAAGAAUCGCCGGAAGUAGACGAGCAUCGAGGACGAGCUGGGCGAACGGAAGCAGAUAACUAUCGAGGAGAUUGGUCCGGCGACGUCCAUGGCCGAACCCAUAUCUUCCGACAGAUUGGAAGUUGUUGACGAGAUGGACAUAGGCAAAUCAGCCCAAGAAUUAACCAUGGAGAAGGAGGAGAUGGCCGCUGAGGAAGAGAAUUUUGCUUCAUACAGAAGUGCCUGGGAAUCUAGAUGGGGACCCGAGGGGUGCGGUUUCUUCGAAGACACAACGCAAUUGAGCUCCAUGCAUUUCACACACUUGACACCUAAACCCAGCUUAGACGAUGCUAUCGUCGCGGAGACCUUGCAGAUCCUCUCCAUUAAACUGACAAAAAUUAAAGGUGGCUUCAAAUUGCCAUUGUCUGUGUAUGGUGUGGUUGCUGCUCGGGACAGUGUCGAUAACAGUCGCAACCUUCUCUUCGCGCACAGUAGGAUAACGCCCCAAAGAAUCAGGCAACACAAUCCAUAUUUGCGCUUGAUUGGGCCGUCUCGUGCAAUUCUCUGCAGAGACCCUGUUCGCUUUGAAAUCCAGCUAAAAGUUGAACGUGGAGCAGUGUCUCGAGAUAGAGCAUUGAUCAGCGCAACUCGUGAUUUCUACGCUCGUCAUCCUGGUGUGCAUACCAUCUGCUUUGAGAACCGCUUCUGCAAAAUAGAGUUAUGCGUCGAGCGGCUUGUGGAGACGAUCCAGGCCACAAUCUGCAGUGUUCGUGUUGUUAAACAGGGGACACGGCAGCGUGUUGAAAGUCGAUGCCGAGUUUCUUGCUCGACAACAUCAUACUCACGCAAGAUCAUCGAUGGUAAACCUACUUAUGUUGCUAAUGCCCCGUCUGGUGAAGUCGUGCUGCUUGAUCGUUUUAAAAAAGCAAUGCCCAGUGGUUCAGAUGGCUACCUUGAUCUGUCGAGGCGUGUGGUCUCUGUAGAACAUGAAGGCAGCCUGAAAGUUGUCGUGCAGACUUGCUCGUCAUUCGGUGAUAUCAUUGCAGAAGGACAUGUCUCCUUGGCAUCCAAAUAUUUUGGCUUCAGCCAGAAGAAAUUUAACGUUGAUGAUGCUGAGCUGGAGAUAACCGUUGCUUGGUCCCUCCUUGUUGUGGACAAGGACGAUAUCGUGAGACCGGUGUUUAUUUGAAACCUCCAAGCACUACACACAUGGAGGCAAUUGUUUACCUAAAGACGUCAGCCGGACAAGACCAACCAACACUGUUGGAAGUCUGCCGAGGGCAUUUUAUCGGAAGCUUGGCUAUAUACUCAUCCCGUCUCAAAAUAAAUGUCUCAACUUUAUACUAACUUAGUGUAAAAUUGUACUAAGGUCAAGGCACUUAUUUUAAGACAAAGGGAGUAUAACUCAUGUUGUGUGAUUCGAUUAUAACCUUAAAGUAAAUAUUAUCUGCCCUGUA